AUGACAUUCGGUCGGUCGAUGGGCUUGUCGUAUUGGCUUCUGUACGUUGCCCUAGGUGCCCUUGCCUUCACCUACUUCAUCGACCCACGGGCAGUAUCAAACUUUCGGAUUGCCCUCUUGCUGAAGCCCUACUGCGCCACACAUCCUCAGGAUUGCCAGAAUCUCCUUGGUGGAUCGAAUUAUGGACUCGAAACACGGGCGUUUGACAAUUACGACAUGAUAUACCUCAGACCUUGGAUUCUUUCCCGGUUGGACAAGGCAAUUAUCGGCGGAAUAUACUGGGUUUUGAUGCGUUUCGGUCAUUCGAAUAUCGAUAUCACGUACACGUUGGAAACACUUCAAAUUGGGCUCGCAGCGUUUUACGUGACGGUGGUCAUGAUUACAAGGUUCAUUCUAACAUCAAGAAUAUGGCUUUUAUGCUUUAUGGGUAUCGCAGCCAGUGUAAUUGACUCGUGGCUGGUGGUAGUGAAGCCCGUACAAAUAGCCGCCCAAAUGUUGAAGUGUAUCAAUUGA